AAUAUAAUGAAGAUUUCGUCGUCAAUGAUGUUCUUGAUAUUUUUUGUUUCGUUAAUUUCUUCCGUUUCUACUGAUGAUGUACCAAAUGCGAUGCAAAAUUUCUAUUGCGACCUUGGAUUGAAGAACAAUGAUUUGUGUCCUAUUGAUGGUGGCUGGACUUCUUGGAGUCUUUGGGGAUCUUGUUUUGGAAAAUGUGGAUUUAAGGGAAAAAAGAGGAGGCAUCGUAUUUGUAAUAAUCCUUUACCUUCCAAUAAUGGGGCUUCUUGUAUUGGUCCCACUUAUCAAAUUGAAAUUUGUCAAAUUAUGGGAUGUACCAUGAAUGAUUAUGAAAAAGUUGUAAGCACUCAUCCUAUACGUAAAGAAGAACUAAAAAUAGUGAAGGAAAUUCAUCAAAAAUUGCCUGCUUUAAUUGAAUUAUGUUUCCUUGUUGAUUGCACAUUUUCUAUUGUAGAAAAGAUACUUGGAAACAACGUGAUGCUUUAUUGGAAUGCUAUGAAUUGUGUCAAAUAUGAUGUUGGAUGUCCAAGUCUUGGAGGUUGGAGUACUUGGGGAACUUGGUCACCAUGCACUGCAAUUUGUGAUAGAGGUCAAAAAUAUCGUACUCGAAUUUGUAACAGUCCUGUUCCUUCAAAUUCUAAAUUAAUGUGUGAUGAUUCAGCAUUUGAAAAGAAGAGCUGUGUGGGAUUUAAUUGCAAAAAACACCUAACUGGAAUUUGGACUACUUGGAACAAAUGGAGUGCAUGUAGUGUACAAUGUGGUAGUGGAAUACAAAUAAGAAAACGUUCAUGUUCAGAAACACAAAAUACACAAGGAACUUCUUGUAAAGGUUCAUCCAAAGAGAUAAAGGGUUGUGCAAUUAAUAAUUGUUCCAUAAAUGGAAUGUGGUCAUCAUGGACAGUGUGGACACCUUGUACUUCAAACUGUGGAAUAGGUACACAAUUGAGAAAUCGAAUGUGCAACAAUCCUUCUCCAAGUGGUAAUGGUACACUUUGUUCUGGUUUAGCUUCUGAAAUUCGUCAAUGUUUCACCAAACCAUGUAUAGUUAAAUUACAUGAAGUAGCACAUUUCACAGAAAAAAGUAGUCUUCUUUAUGAUAUAAAUGGAAGAUCUUUGCGUAUACUUCAUAUAUAUCUAAGAUUUUUAACACUAUCCCCUUUUGGUGUGAUUAUUUAUCGUUCUGAAAAGAACUGUAAAGGAAUAAUGUGUGAUUUUGUAAAAUUGUUUUUACAAAAUGGAAAAAUAGUAGUCUGGUCUCAAAUUACUGGUUGUUCCUUGGGUUUGAUUUAUGAGAGCAAAUUAGAAAUUGGACAGUGGCAUGUAAUUUUAAGUGUAAUAUAUGGAACACAUGGUGUAUUACGUGUUAAUAAUGGUUAUCAUAAAGUCAGCACUUUUUCAUGCAUUCCAAUAUCAUAUAAUUUGGAUCAUGCAAUGAAAAUAGGAGAAGGAUUUCAAGGUCAAAUUCACGAAAUAGCAAUUAAUUUUGCAUCCAUUCAACUUCAUAUGUUAAAAGAUAAAUAUGAUGAAAAACAUGUACAUGCUCCAUCCAGCAGUAACAAUGUCCAAUAUCUAAUGGGGGAUGACAAUGAAGGUUUUAUUUAUGUUGGUCUAACAGACUCAGUUGCAGUACCAUGUCCAAGAAAUAUGGAACGUUGGCAAAUUACAAUUGUUAUAAAAAUAGAGGACAUAAAUGGUGUUAUAGCAAUUAUACCAGAUGAUUCUUUAAAUAAAUACAUUUUAUUAAUAUUAGAAGAGGGAAGAAUAAAACUUAAGUAUUAUCAGGGAGCAACUUAUGUUGCAAUUGAAAGUAUGGAGCAUAUCUUGGUAGGGGAAUGGUUUGAAGUAGUAGUAGCUCAAGAUGGUAAAAAUAUCUACAUGCAAGUUAAUGGAAAUGAAAAGAAAUAUAUACCUUUAGCUUUGGAAAAAAUAACAAUUGCAUCUACAACUGAUAUAUUCUUAGGAGCUAUACGUGAUGAAAUGAGAGAAAAAAUAUGCUUCAACUGUGCAGAGAUACCACAAAUGAGUUUUACUCUUGGAUACCUUGACAUAGAUGGAAAUCAAAUAGAUCUCAUAUCAUUACCAAUUUUGGAAACUACCAGUAAAAGAUUUUCCAGUCGUACUAUUAGUAUAUCUGAUUACUAUGAAGAAGUACCAGUGCUUCUAGGGCAAGAACUUAAGUUAUCAUGUUUCUACAAUACAAUUCCUUAUGAAAAAGGAUAUGCAUUUUCUAAAAAGACAUAUGCUAUAUGGUUGUUAAUGGAUAAGUUAUUGCAAUCUUAUGGAGAAAAGCAUGGUUUCUAUAGACUUCCAAAAAUCUUUAACAAUGAUCAUAUAUCUACUAUAAACUUUGUUUUAUCCAAAAAUGGAAUAACAUUACUUGGUAGCCAGCAAGCUGCAAAUGAAAUUGUAUCAGGAAUUAUAGAAGAUAACUGA